AUGAGUAGCUAUCUUCUUGAUAUUAGCAAAUAUUCGGCAGAUUUUCUAGCUGGGCAAACCCGUAAACACUCUACCCUAGCCCUUGCCACUGCCCUGACAGGUUGUAGGGGGGAAGGUACCCCGGCCACGGACAGCAUCGCUCUAUCUAUCCAUACAUUGCUACAGCUCCCAUCGCAUUGUGGGUUUAGUUCGAUCAUAGUCUACUACUUAGCUGCUGCUCCCAUCGCCUCACCCUAUCUCAGUAUCGACUCGAGUCAUCUAUAUAAUUUAUAG